AUGCUCUGCUUCUUCCUCCUGGUUUUUUAUUUGUCAAGUGCAACAAGCUCAGAACUCCUGAGCCGUCACAGAAGGUCAUGGAUCAUUGACUCCUUCACAAUUGAGGAGGAAAAUCCAGGACCGUUCCCUUAUGUGUUGGGCAAUAUAAGUAUCAAUCGAAACUAUCGAGUAUACUUUGACCUCUUUGGGGAAGGAGUGGAUGAGGAGCCGAAAGAUGUCUUCUCCAUCGAUAAAGAAUCUGGCAUAUUGUUGGUCCACAGGGCUGUGGACUAUGAGGAGAAGACAAUGCUUAAGCUGAAAUUCGAGGCCAGGAAGACAGAUUUAUCGAUUGACACAAAUUUAGGCAUCUUGAUUUCCAUACUGGACAUCAAUGACAACCCACCGCGCUUUCAGAAGGAUCUGUAUGAAAUCGAAGUUUCAGAAGGAGAUGCUCAAGGCUCCCAUUUGCUGACGGUUGUGGCCUAUGACAACGACAAGAGAGGAACACUCAACUCAACGGUCCACUACGAAAUCAAAUCAGUGUCUCCAAACACUUCUGACACUGAAUUCUUCAUCAAUGAGUCUGGAAUGAUCUCAUUCAAAGGCUGUUUGGAUCGUGAGGUGGCUGAAAUGUUUACGGUGUUGGUGGAGGCUAAGGACCAAGGCGAGGUAGUCAGUCUGUCCAGCUCAACCACAGUUGUCGUUCAUGUCCAGGAUGACAACAACCACCUCCCAACCAUCAGCGGACAGACGGGCUCUGGUACAGUUAAAGAACAUGAGACUGGGACUUCUCCUCUGCGGCUGCAUGUGAUAGACAAGGACACUCCAAAUAGCCUGGCGUGGAGAGUCCGAUACACCAUACACGGAGACGAGGGAAAGCACUUUAUGAUAGAAACAGACCCAGACACCAAUGAUGGAAUCCUGACAGUCGUUAAACCUUUAGACUUUGAAGAGGGUGCACAGAGGCAGCUGUCCAUCUCAGUGGAAAAUGAGAUGCCAUAUUACUCCUGUAAAGUAAAGAACAGGAUUUCCUCUGGUCUUUGGGACGUUGAAACCGGUACAGGUGAUGCAGACCAGCCUCACUCUGUGAAAGUUCUCAUUGAAGUUGAGGACAUCAAUGACCCCCCGGUGUUCAGCGUGACUGUCAAAAAGGCCAUGUUGGAGGAGAACUCACCCAUUGGAACCUGGGUAGAGAAAGUGACCGCUGUUGAUCCCGACUCCAGUCACGCAAGAGAUUUUGUGUACAAAGUUGGAAAUGAUCCUGCUGGCUGGCUGACGGUGGAUUCCCACACAGGAGACAUCACAACAGUCAAGAUACCUGACAGAGAAUCUCCUCAUGUUGUUGACGGCAUCUACACCAUCUUACUGAAUGCAGUGGAUGAUGGUAACCCACCUUUGACAGGCACAGCCACACUGAACAUCCACAUGAUCGACCAAAACGACAACGUGCCUCAGCCCACAGAGCACAAUGUGGAUAUGUGCCUCUCUGACAGCCCCACCACCACCAACAUCACAGCUUUUGACCUGGAUGGAAAUCCCUUUGGAGGACCUUUUUCAUUUGAACUGAUGGGGGAUGUUGAAGGAAAAUGGAAACUGAGUCCCUCAUAUGGGUACACAGCUGGCCUGGUGAAGGAGCCUGGCGUGUAUGCCGGCCACCACACAAUCGAUGUAAAGAUCUCUGACAUGCAGGGGGAGUUUGGCGUUUACAACAUUAGUGUGACUGUAUGUGACUGCUCUGUGACGCCCAACUGCCAAAGACGAGUUGCUGCCACAAAAGCUGCCGGUGCAGUCGGCGUAGUGUUUGCCUCGCUGUUUCUACUCCUGUUUCUGCUGUUUUUGGCAAUUGCCAUCUCCUGCAAAAAAGAGUUCAUUGCUUUGCAGGCCGACAGUUCCUCCGGAGAAACCCUCCUCCCAUCAAACAUUGAGGAACCAGGGAAAGACUGCAAGCUACCCGACAGCAUCCUGGUAGUGUCAGCUGAUAAGAAGAACUACAGUAUGCCUGAUUGGCACGGUCAGCUUGAUGGAAUACCACAAGGACAAGUUUCAGCAACGAAUGUGGAGCAAAAAACUACCUUCAAAGACCAUGGAGAUUACAGAAGAGAAAGUAUUUCCUAUUUAUUCAACGAGGACUGGAAUGACAUAACAAACUGGAAUUCUGCAACAGCCAAUAGCUACCACGACAUCAAACAGAUGGAGAACAUGAGCACAAUGCAUGUCAGGAACUCGAGCUAUGGACCAGACGCAGCUCUCCUAACCCUCCUUGAUCAGUCCCCUUUCCUCCUGCAGAGGCUCUCUUCUCUCCAGGAAACAGAAGAUGAUCUGCUGGACUACUGGCCUCACCUCUACACAGAUGAAGGGAACUUAGACAACUUCUCAGAGCUGGACAACAUCACCAUUCCCGACAACGAUUCAUUCCAGAAAGUGCUGAAAGACUUGGGCCCUGAGUUCAACCAACUGGCUUCCAUUUGCAAGCCACCACAAAACUGAAUACAUUUUUGUUCUUGAGGAUUCUUUACAUUCUCCAUAUUCAGGUAUAAUCUGCACCACCAGAGGUGAACGGCUGUUAGUCAUAUAUUAUUUAAUAUCAACUAUCACAAAGCCCUCCACAAUUCUCAUUUUACAAGUAGGGAAAAGAAAAAUAAGGUACAUCUGUCCUCCAAAAGCAAUUUGGAGUUAGACUUGGACAGAAUUUAAUACAUUCAGUAA